GUGUGAGAGCGAUAAGCGCAGAUUACUAAGGUUCUGUCAACGCACCACGGCCAUUGUAGGCGUAGCGGGAGAGGACAUCAGGACACAUCCAGGCGGCAGUCCAGUGUCCGCCUGCCUCUUCCUAGUGAAACCGCCGUUUCCUGCUAACGGUACGGUACCGAUUGCUUCCCUCGUUGAACGGGAAAACACCGAUUCCCACCAGAGAGGAGCUAUUCUCUUUUGUUCCGCCUCCAGUCAUCAUCAGACAGCGGACACUUUUCAUUCGCCGCAUCCGCUUCUUUGAACGAAUGAGAGGAGCUAAAGAGACGGAGGGGCUUUCUUCUUGACAAGGACACCAACAUGUCUUCAAAGGCGACCCCUGCGUGUCUUUUUCUUACAGUUCCUCUUCUGACUCGACAUUUUUAUUGUGGGCAAAGCUAGCUUACUUGCUAGCUAGCUAGCUGUGACCGCGUUUCUCCCUUUAACUGUCCUCAGCUUUGUUAGUCUUCUUAGCAAAGGACGUUUGCUUCUUAACCUGCCGGAUCAUCUCCUUAGCGGCCGUCUGUCCACAGGAAUGACACCAUCGGAGGAUCCGGAGAGAGUGAACCCCCAUUAGAGAGGAAAGAGAGGGGGGGCAGUCUGGACUGUUAUUUUUGUGUUUUUUUGUCUUGAAUGAUGCCGACUUGUAGAGCCCCAGGAGCUGAACGUAGCUCAUUAUUGAACUCUUUUGACUCUUUAUCAGCGUCCUGAUCCCUGCUGCCUUCACCAUGAAGAUUGUAUGAGUCAUUUUCGUCAAAACGAGGGGUGUUAUUGACACUGACACACACACACACACACGAACACUGCUCAUUUCCUUUCUCCUGACCGGAAGUCCUCUCAGGGACCAUCAUGUCCUUACGCACAUCACUGCCAGGAAACGAGAGGAACCCUGAUCAUCACACCUCCCUAUCCACCAGCCGCUCAGACAAAGGGACGGUCUGGUCGAGCCGCUCUCUGGGCGCCCGAUGUCGAAACUCCAUCGCACUGUGUUCGGACGAGCAGCCGCACAUUGGGAACUACCGGCUGCUCAAGACCAUCGGCAAAGGCAACUUUGCCAAGGUCAAACUGGCGCGACACAUCCUGACGGGCAGAGAGGUUGCAAUAAAGAUCAUUGAUAAAACACAACUCAACCCGACCAGCCUUCAGAAGCUGUUUCGUGAGGUACGCAUCAUGAAAACUCUCAACCAUCCCAACAUAGUCCAGCUGUUUGAGGUAAUAGAGACAGAGAAGACACUCUACCUCAUCAUGGAGUACGCCAGUGGGGGGGAGGUGUUUGAUUACCUCGUGUCUCAUGGCAGGAUGAAGGAGAAAGAAGCCCGGGCCAAAUUCAGACAGAUUGUGUCAGCAGUGCACUACUGCCAUCAGAAGCACAUUGUUCACAGAGACUUGAAGGCGGAGAACUUGCUACUCGACGCCAACUCCAACAUCAAAAUUGCCGACUUUGGCUUCAGCAACGAGUUCACAGCCGGCAGCAAGCUGGACACCUUCUGUGGCUCUCCGCCUUACGCCGCCCCAGAACUCUUCCAAGGGAAGAAGUACGACGGUCCAGAGGUGGACAUCUGGAGCCUGGGCGUCAUCCUCUACACGCUGGUCAGCGGGUCACUGCCCUUUGACGGACAAAACCUGAAGGAGCUGCGAGAGCGUGUCCUGAGAGGGAAAUACCGCGUGCCCUUCUACAUGUCUACAGACUGUGAGGGAAUCCUGCGCCGCUUCCUCGUCCUCAACCCGGCCAAGCGAUGUUCGCUGGAGCAAAUCAUGAAGGACAAGUGGUUGAACGUGAGUUAUGAUGGAGAAGAGCUGAGGCCUCACACAGAGCCUGAGGAGGACUUCAACGAUACCACUCGCAUCGACGUGAUGGUGGGGAUGGGCUUCACCAGAGAUGAGAUCAGGGAGUCUCUGGUCAGUCACAAGUACAACGAAGUGACAGCCACGUACCUGCUACUGGCGCGCAAGACUGAGGCUGAAAACAGCGUGUCCCGGUCCGGCAGCAAUCUCAGUCUCGCUCGAGUCCGGCCCGGCACCCUCACCAACGGGACCAGCAAACACUCCACUUCCUCCACUGGCGCGACACCCACCUCAGCCCACAAGCCACAACGCAGUGUCUCAACCUACCAACGCCAGAGACGACACUCUGACUUCUGUGGUCCAGCUGCUUCGGGGUCUGCACACCCCAAGCGCAGUCCCAGUGGUGUGGGAGAAGGAGCGGCGCUCAAGGAGGAGAGGUUGUCGGUCCGCAAGCCCAGCAACAACACUGUUAGCUCACGGAGCAUCCCGGCCCCCUCCAGUCCCAUGGUCAGCUCCGCUCACAAUCCAAAUAAAGCAGAAAUACCCGACCGACGCAAGGAGGCCAACUCAACCACGAAUAGCGUCUCUGCUAGUACCAUGACUCGAAGGAAUACAUAUGUGUGCACAGACCGCUCCAGCACUGACAGACACUCGCUGCUCCAAAACGGCAAAGAAAACAGUACCCUAUCCCACCGCCUUCCCCCGGCCUCCCCCUCCACCCACAGCAUCGCCGGCGCGUCGGGCGUGUCCUCCUCGUCCUCCACACCCUCCUCACGUCUCUCCAGGGGCUCCGCGGCAAGGAGCACUUUCCACGGUGGGCAGAUCAGGGACCGUCGACCUCCCUCGCACGCCCCUCUGGCGUAUCCCACGCCGUCACAUGACGCCAGCCCCCUGCCAAGCACCAGGACCCCCCGCGCCACAAGCAACCUGCUGAGCAAGCUCACCUCCAAGUUGACCCGCAGGGUCACUCUUGACCCUUCUAAACGUCAGAGCUCAAACAAAUCCAUGUCGGGCUGCACCCUCCCACAGGGGACAAAAACAGUUAGGUCACAGACGAACCUGAGAGAAUCAGCAGAUCUCCGGUCACAAGAGUCUCAGGGUAACAGCAGCAGUCGCCAUCUAUCUGGGCAUCAAAAAGCGGCAGAGCCCCGGACCCCCCGAUGUGGCUGGGAUGUGAGGGUGCGGAGCCCCCGCGACCCGGCCGAGGUGGUGCUAGCGUUGCGCGAGGCGGCCCAGGGCUGCGGGUGCCAGGUCCACCUGGCCGGGCCCUUUCUGCUGUCGUGCACGCAUGGUGCGGCUGGCGCUCGCGUGGCCUUCGAGGCCGAGGUGUGCCAGCUGCCCGGCGGGCUGGGCCAGAGCAGCGGCGUCAGGUUCAAGCGGCUGUGGGGGGCGCCGUUAGCGUUCAGAGACAUCGCCACCAAAGUGUCCAAGGAGCUGGAGCUCUGAGGGCAACCGGAGGCGGGGCAAAGUGACGGCGAGAGAUGAGGAGGAGGAAGAAGAAGGAUGUGCAAGCUCCUCCCCCAUCCCUCCUUUUAGCUCCGCCUUUAAGUGAUGUGACUGAUGUGACUGGCAACGCCUCGCCUCCACCAAAGACCCUCAUCUACUGUCCAAUCACAUGGCUGCAGUGACAUGUUGACUGCUGAAACAAACACCACCACGUUAAAGAGCCCAUCAGGUCAACUUUUUUCUUUUUUUUUUUUUUUAUUAGAUUUGUCAUCAUUCCCUUUUAAAGAGCUGCUAUUUACAGUCAUGUUUUCAUGAAGUUUGUCUAUUAAGUUGAUUUUCUUAGACAACAUUCUCCGUAGCAGACCUCACAUGUUGUAGUGAUGCACUCUGACCUCCGGCCUCUAGAAGGAGACAUGCAGCAAUGCAGAGACAAUUAACAUGUGUUUUUAUUUCCUGUUCCGUCUUAACUUUCAGUGACUUUGGGCUCAUCUUCAGCGGGCGACUGAAGACGUGAAACUGUAACAAAGUCUUAGCGACACUUUCCAGUGUCUUUGUAGCCGUCACUGUUUUAAUUUAAGGCUUUUAUGGACGGACAGAUGGAACUGCAGUCCUGCAUGUCUCCAAGGUAAAUGUGGUGUGUGACACAAAUAAAGAAUUUCAACCUCUUUUCUUUUUUUUAUUGUUUCUUUUUUUUUUUGUAAUCCAUGGAUUUCAUCUUCUCUGUGAGAUCAGUUAGCUCAUUUGCUAAUUAGUCUCCUGACAAGAAAGGAAGACAUUUAUUUGUUAAAUGGGGCAUUGUUUAUUUGUCCAGUUCUAAUUUACAACCAGAAAAAUAAUUCCUCACAGUGCGUACAUUAUCAGAUUACGGAUGGAUUGAUCCCAGGAUGUUACAAAGGAGUUGGAGAAAAGGAAGAUCUGUUACUCAAAGUCCUUCAAAGACUUAACAACAAGGCUACCCGUUCAUUUUUGUUUUUGUGAUAUAAAAAAAACAACAACAAAUAGUCACUGUCGUCCGUCCACUUUACUUCUGAGCGGGGAUCAUGUCGUCAAUGGACUCUCCUUUCUCCAGCUUCUUCUCCAUCUCCACCAUCAGCUUGACGCCGUCCACCACCAUCUGGACCUGCUCCACCUCGGAGGAGCCCAGACGGUCGGCGUUGGAGAUGUCGAACACGCCGCCCACGGAGGCUGUGUCCACGCCGCCUGGAGGAGGGGACAGAGUCAGUCAGCUUGGACCACAACAACCCGACACUGGACAGCACAGUUCAGGCUAAUGCUGGUCUAAAGCUUGGAUAAAGGGAUGGAGCUCAUCUAGAGGAAGAACUAAGCUACCAAAAUGUGAUCCCUGAUGAGAAAAGCCAAAUGAGAGUGGACCACAAUGUAUUGAUGCUACUCGGAAAGCUCUGUUUGAACCUGGACACUUCAGGUUUCUGCAUUAAUUUUUACUUAAUUUACUGUAAGGAAGUCACCUCAAUAGAUUCUACAGCUACACUUUGCAUUGCAUUGCCCUGGACUUGGACCAUAUGGAAAGUACCUUGAGAUAACUGGCAGUACAGAACUAAAAAUAGACUUUGUCUUGCUAUCGACUGAACUGGGCUUGGCUUGGUGGAAACGUGGCUCAGUGUGCUUAGUUCAGGUCCAGCUGGCGUGGCAAGUACCUGUGCCACGCUUCUGCAGGCGCAGUCUGGUCAGGAUCUCCUCGAACUUGGCAUGUGUGCUGAGCUUGGGCAGCUUGACGUGCACGCCACCGCGCAGGCCGGUUCCCAGGUUGGAGGGGCAGGUGAGGAUGUAGCCCAGAUGCUCGUUCCACAUGAAGCCGUGGUUGUGCUUCUUGAAGAUCUCCUCAAUCUGAGCAAGAGAGAAGCACCUUGGGUAACAUUAGAGCUUCAGACCCGUGUUGCGAUGUCAGUGCUCAGUGCUUACCUUCUGCAGGCCGACACAGAAGCGCCUGAAGACCUCUUUCAUGUUGCCUCCCUUCUGCAUGGAGAUGACACGCAGGUGAUCCUCCUCGUUCACCCACACCAGGAAGGUCUUGUUGUCGUUGUGCCUGCAGGAGGAAGGCUCAGGUUGUAGGAGUACCACAAGGUAGUGUUCUAGAACAACUACUAUUCAUGUAAGUUCUCUAAGAGGAGAAUGUCCUGGCCUAUGCCGACUUUUUGUGUUGUAGCCUCACCAAAUGCCUCUGGCGUCGGGCCAGUCACGGGCCAUACCAGCGCAGGUCAGCAGGGGGGACACAGGCUUGUCAAACAGAAAGUGAUCGGCGAUCAGCUGCUCCUGCUCGGCAUCGGUCAUGCCAUCCAGGGGGUAGUACUUGCCCUUGAACUCGCCCUCCAGGCUGGCCAGGGCUGGGGGGUGGACAAGAAUGUUAGAUGCGAUCCGUGCGGGUGACUUUUAGACCAAACCCUGUGUGAACCUCACCCUCAAUGGACAGCUUCUGAAUGGCUCUACGCUCGCCACGGCUGUUGUGGGGGGGCAGGGUGAAUCCCUUGAUGCUGCGGCCUGUACGCACACGGCUGGACAGCACGUAGUUGGGGUCCAGGUCGUCUCCGCCCUUCCCAGACAAACAAGGUCACUAUUUAGGCCACAUGUCAUCAUGGUGACCAUCGAGCACAUCCGUGAACAACUCGCCUUCAGGUUCUCGAAGUUCAGGUCGGUCUUGUGCUUGUCGGUGGGCUUGUAUCCGCCAUGACGGUCAGAGAUGACAGGGUCCAGCAGGUCCUUAAAGAACUCGUAGGACUCCUCGUCACCAGCGACGCAGCCCACGGUCAUGAUGAAGGGGUGGCCUGGGGGAAGGGGGCGUAAGGACUUGUCCACUUUUGUGUCGCUAAGAAACAAGACCAGAUAAUUGCGAACGGCAUGUUCCCUCCUUACCGGGGUUGUCCACGCCGGUCUGGAUGACGUCAUCCAAGGUGAAACCGCUGGGGGUUGACUUGCCUCUCAGCUUGUUGUAUAUGUCCUUGGUCAGCACCUGUAGGGGGCGCACCAGUAAGCAUCUAUAUUUGGCUAGAGUGUGUCAUUAGACAUUUGAGACUAUAAGAACGUUUUUAUUUGACCUUAGCCAUGUGGUUGUUGUGCUGGGACAGGUCAGGGAACUCCUCAUCCACAGAGAACUUCAUCUUGUAGUCAUUGUGACAGUUCUUGGCCGCCAUGGCUGCGAUUCCUGCUCCGACUGAGGGCAAUCAUAGCACAUAUAUUCAUAGACAUGAUCUUGCAUGUCAUUUGAAGUGUCUUUCUAGAGUGGCGUCAGGAAUAAAGCACCAUGAGUCUUGUCUGACGUCUCCCCGAGUGCUUCGAGUGCUUUGUUGACAAGUCUUUGAGUGACGAGGAGACAUCUUCUCAUUGUGUCUGCUAACUACCACUCUCUCUGAUUGGACGAGUCUUACGUUACAUCCAAAAUAGAACAACCCAUUAAGUGUUAAAGGUCAAAAGGUUUCUCUUUCUCUGUUGCUCUCUCUGUCAAUGUCUCUCUCAGCUGUGCUGCUCACCCUCCCCCAAGGUUAUUAAUAUCCUAAUUGCCCCUCCCACAGCCUGCAACACCCCCUGCAGCACCUUCUGCACCUAUUAAAGAACUUUACUAGUGCAUCUGUUGCAUUU